AAAAACACAAAAGAAAAUGGGAUUGGAUUGCAACUUUACCAAUUGUUUUCACUUUUUUCAUGGGAAGUAGUACCUUUUCACCAGCCACAACACAGGUUUGAGCAAAUGAGAAAAUGGGGAUAUGGGAUACCAUUUCUUGGACAACCGAUUCACUGAAACGGAACGCGCCGGAUCUAACGGCCCUGAAGAGCUGGUGCCCCACAACCGAUUCGCUCAAGCGCAUCGCACCUGAUGUAACAGCUGCCAAGAACGUCUGCUCCAGCGCUUACGGUUAUGGCUCCGCCGCCGUUACCAAAGUCGACGGCGCCGUCCGGGGUAACUUGAUCCCUUACUUUCGAAACGAGGAAGCAUGGUCCAAGAUCGCCCAAAUCGGCACCAUCGUCGCUAAAAACGCAACCUAUGAGGGCCUCAAACUCGUUCCAGGUGGAAGUACAUUUUAUAACAUUGCUGCCAGUUCCAUCCGUGAUUGUAACAAUUCCAAUAAGCAAGAAGUGGAUGUGAAAGCAUUGCAGGCUGAACUUUUGAGUCUGAAGAAAGAAUUGAGUGAAUACCGGGAAAUGAAUAAGCCAUGUGCAGAUGUGAAGUCUCCCAGCAUAACCAGCGUUCAAUCAGUUGUGACUCGUAAACCUGAAGAUGUGAUCAAUGUCUUUAUUAUGAAGGAGUUCAUGGGCAGGCAAUUCUGUGGUGAUCUAUUGGUUCCGGUUGCGCCCAGGAAGAGGGCAGUGACAAGUACGAGAGCGGAUAAGACAGAGGAAUGAUUUUGCCUCGUUUGAGGCUUUGUGGUUGGGUCUGGCAUGCUAUAGUAUAUAACUCUCUUGCAAGGGUGGAAGUAGGUCUUUGUUAUAACAUAUGACUCAUUAAGAUAAACUAAUUUUAAAUGUUUACUAUUAUCAAUUUGCUAAUAUGGUAACAUUGGAGAAAGAAGCAAGAACAAACAAGGCCAGGUGCAGAUUUGAAGGUUUCAAACACAGCCAACAGUCAUCUGGCUGUGAAACUGAGAGUAAAUAUGUGAUCAGAGUCUUCAUGAUAACGGAAUUCCUGGGCAAGCAAUAUUCCUAGUUCUCUUUCUAAAGCUUUUGCAGCUUUUGCUUCCUCUGGUUUGUGUGCUUCGGCAUCUAUAUUGUUGGGGACCUAGAAUUUACACUUGGUCCGUUGGGUGUAGUAUAUUAAGGAUGAUAUAUGUUGAUGUGCUGGUUAUAAAGUUUUGUUUGGCCUUUUCUGUAGGUUUAGAGCAAAAUUAAACUGCGAGUCUGCUUUUCGUCUGGUGUUCAUAAAUGCAGCCAAGUAGUUUUACAUGGCUGAUUUAGCACAGUUGGAAUCACAUCCUAUGUGGAUAUCGAAUAGCAAUCUGUAUCUAUGCACUAUUUAUAUCAAUGACAAACAAUACACUUACCACGUUUCACAGUUUCAUAGACAACCCCCAUUUACUACGUACCAGAGUCUUAUAGCCUCACAGAUUAUGAAAAUUCAAAAGAAAGUAUAGGAAAGAACGGGAAAAGAAAUGAAGGGGUCCCUUGAGAGGCGCCUUUCGAGAUGGACAGAUGGUCCCGUGCUUAAGCACUAUGAAUUCUCCUACUAAUCAAAUUUCACUCACCCUCAGGUUGAAAAUAGAGCUGACAGCGUAAGGCGGCAAGUUUUUCUUCCCUUUCCUGUGUUCUGCUGUUGUUAUCAUUGAAGUGCGAGGAAUACGUUAAGCAUAUCUUUGUUCUUGCCCUUGUUUCAAGAUAAGGCUUAGUAUCAUAACUUAUUUUAAUUUCUUUUGAACCUCAGAAAAGUGUUUAACGCAAUCAUUUUACUACUAUAUAGUGCCUCAUCUGUUUUUCCAGUCACAUUCUUUGCUUCCGUAAGUACCAAACAAUCAGAUGCCUUGCUUCAAUAACUCAGCUCUUUCUGUCAUUCACUUCUCUUAUAAAGGACCAAAAUUUUAAGGCAACCCUUGACAUGUGUAUGUACUUAACUGGCAUUGCUCAGUAGUUUCUUAGAGGAGAGGCAUUGUUGCAUUCACCGAAAAGGAUUAGCAUCAGUGAGGCCAGGAACUUACCUAUGGCAUUGUUGAAGCAAAUUACUGAAAGAAUACUAGUCAUAUGGGCUCUGAUUACUAGCUGGUCGAAGUAUCAAAGAAACCGUGAAGGGAAUAUGGAACUUCUGAACAGAUUGUUAGAAGAGCUAGAUAGCCAAACUGCAGAUAUAGAGCAAAAGCUAGAUGCUGAGCCUCCUCAUCCAAUCAAAAGACAAGAAGAUGAAGUCUAUGAGUGGUUGGAAAAUGUGGAAAGGAUCAAAACUGAAGUGCAAACCAUUUACCAAGUCGCUGAAAGGAACUAUCUCUCACCUGAACAUUUCGGAAAGCUUGUUAAUGAAAAAAUUGUAGAGGUUAAGGAGUUGCUCCAGGAAGGAAAAUUGUACACUGGGAUUUCCGCAGAGAAGUGUUUCAAGUACUUGAUCAUUGGUGGUGGAGUUGCAGCUGGAUAUGCAGCCAGGGAGUUUGUCAAACAAGGGCUCAAGCCAGGUGAGUUAGCAAUCAUAUCAAAAGAAGCAGUGGCGCCUUAUGAACGUCCUGCACUUAGUAAGGCCUACCUGUUUCCUGAGGGAGCUGUAAGACUUCCAGGGUUCAAUGUCUGCGUUGGAAGUGGAGGUGAGAGGCUGCUACCUGAGUGGUAUGUGGAGAAAGGUAUUGAAUUAAUUCUUAGUACAGAAAUUAUCAAAGCAGAUCUUGAUUCGAAGAUCCUCACCAGUGCAGCUGGGAUGAAAUAUAGUUAUGAUAUUUUGAUAAUUGCAACUGGUUCCAGAGCACUAAGGUUGACAGAGUUUGGUGUACAAGGAGCUGAUGCAAAGAACAUUUUCUACUUGAGAGAAAUCAGUGAUGCUGAUAAGCUUGUAGAAGAAAUUAGAGCCAAGAAAAAGGGAAAGGUAGUAGUUGUUGGAGGAGGAUACAUUGGUGUUGAAGUUGGAGCUGCUAUGAGAAUCAACCAGUUUGAUGUUACCAUAGUUUAUCGCCAACAAUGGUUCAUGGCACGGCUUUUCACUCGAGAGAUAGCUGCUUUCUAUGAGGCUUACUAUGAAAACAAAGGAAUCAAACUCAUCAAAGGUACAGCUGCUGUUGCCUUUGAUUCUGGUGCGAAUGGAGAGGUAAAAGCAGUCAAACUCGAGGAUGGUAGGGUGCUUGAAGCUGACAUUGUUGUUGCUGGUGUUGGUGCAAAACCUCUCAUUGAGUUAUUUGAAGGGCAGCUUGAUAAAGCUAAAGAUGGAAUCAAAACUGAUGGAUUCUUUGAAACAGAUGAUCCCGACGUAUAUGCAGUAGGCGAUGUGGCUACUUUCCCUAUAAAGUUGUACAAUGACAUGAGAAGAGUUGAGCAUGUUGACCAUGCUAGGAAAUCAGCAGAGCAAGCGGUAAAAGUUAUCAAGGCAAGUGAAGAAAAUAGAUCUAUUCCAGAGUAUGAUUGUCUUCCAUACUUCUAUUCGCGCGUCUUCAAUCUUUCGUGGUCGUUUUAUGGAGACAAUGUGGGCAAUCCUGUGCUAUUUGGAGACAACAAUCCGGCAUCAGCGAAACCAAAGUUUGGAACAGCAUGGAUCAAGAAUGGGAAGAUUGUGGGAGUUUUCUUAGAGGGAGGGACAGCUGAAGAAAACAAGGCUAUUGCCCAAAUUGCGAGGGUCCAACCUCCAGCUGAUAAGUAUUUGGAUCAGCUGAGAAAGGGUGAUUAUUUCUUUGCUUGAAAGAUGGUAAAGAAUAAAUAGUUCCCACUUAUAAACUGAAACUCUGCAAAGUACCCUGUAUAAACUAAAUUGAUGCAUGAUUUGUGUUUUUGUUUUGUUUCUGCUGUAAAAGUUAUUGUGUGCUCUCGAUUAUGGUUGUCUUUGCUUGUCUAUAGUAUUCAUUUGAUUGCUGAUAAGCUUUCAUUGUUCUUUCCUUAAUUGAGGUAUUCUCUUAAUAUUGUGUAUGGUUGAAAGAUACAUCUGUUGUGUCAAAGAAAGUGUCGUGGUAUCGAUA